UAGUUCUGGAAAAAAAGGGAAUCGUGGGGGAAAGAAAGCAGAGUCGUUUUCAGAUCGUGAAUAGAAGCAGCAGCAGAAGCCGUAUCUAUCCCUCUCUCUCUCUCUCUCUCUCUCUCUCUCUCUCUCUCUCUACUUUGACCGUUCCUCUUCUUUUUAUUCAUCAACAUCAUCGAGCUUUCUACUACUUGGAUUCCUACUUCUUCUUCUUCUUCCUCUGAUUCUCUCCCAUUCCAAUCAAUCUCUAGGGUUCUUCUUCAGACAGAACCUUUCUCUGUCUCUCUCUGCUUGUACCUUGUACCUUUUCUCUCUGUAUACACUCCAUUGUCUGCCUUUUCUCGUCUCUCUUCUCUUACAGUUUUUAUUCAUUAAUUUCUCUCGAGGAUGCUCCUCAGGCCCCUCUUUAUCUCAUCUCCCAGCUAAAGUUUCUCUUUUUGUUUUUAAUCAGCAAUACUUCAGAAGCUGGUUUUGGCCAUGGAACCCAAUGGGUACAGGAAAGAAAGAAGAAAGGAACAACAUUUGGGGAGAAUGAAUGGUGGUGGUGGUGAUGUUGAGACUGAUCUUGAUCCAUGGACUGCAUGGGCUUACAAGCCUCGCACUAUCUCUCUUCUCCUUAUUGGCGCUUGUUUUCUCAUUUGGGCUAGUGGAGCUCUUGAUCCUGACAGCACUACAUCUGAUGAUCUUGUCACUUCUGUCAAAAGGGGAGUGUGGGCUAUGAUCGCUGUCUUUCUUGCUUACUCUUUGCUCCAGGCCCCUUCAACGGUUCUAAUCAGGCCCCAUCCUGCAAUCUGGCGCUUAGUUCAUGGAAUGGCCGUCAUUUACUUAGUUGCACUUACUUUUUUGCUCUUUCAGAGACGUGAUGAUGCACGGCAGUUCAUGAAGUUUCUCCACCCUGACCUUGGAAUAGAACUUCCUGAGAAAUCAUACGGUGCUGAUUGCCGUAUAUAUGUGCCUGAUCACCCAACAAACAGGUUUAAGAAUCUUUAUGACACAGUAUUUGAUGAGUUUUUCUUGGCUCACAUCUUUGGUUGGUGGGGGAAAGCAAUUCUGAUCCGGAACCAGCCGCUUCUUUGGGUGCUUUCAAUUGGUUUUGAGUUAUUGGAGGUUACUUUUCGGCAUAUGUUACCAAAUUUCAACGAGUGCUGGUGGGACAGUAUUGUUCUUGAUAUCUUGAUAUGCAACUGGUUUGGUAUCUGGGCAGGAAUGUAUACAGUUCGAUAUUUUGAUGGAAAAACAUAUGAGUGGGUUGGCAUUAGCCGCCAGCCUAACAUUAUUGGCAAAGUGAAAAGGACACUGGGGCAGUUCACACCAGCUCACUGGGACAAAGACGAGUGGCAUCCGCUGCAGGGACCUUGGCGUUUUAUUCAAGUACUCACUCUUUGCAUCAUAUUCUUGACAGUGGAGCUGAACACAUUCUUUCUCAAGUUUAGCCUGUGGAUCCCCCCUCGAAACCCAGUGAUUCUCUAUAGGCUGAUCUUGUGGUGGCUCAUAGCGAUACCAACAACACGGGAGUACAAUUCAUAUCUUCAAGACAGAAAACCUGUGAAAAAGGUGGGAGCAUUCUGUUGGCUGUCACUGGGGAUAUGCAUAGUAGAACUUCUCAUCUGCAUCAAGUUUGGAAGUGGAUUGUACCCAACAGAAAUGCCAUUGUGGGUAGUGACACUAUGGGGAAGUGUGGGACUUGGACUUGUGGCCUUCUUGCUGUCUUGGACAUGGAAGAUCCAGAAGAUCCUCGCGCAAAAGAGACGUUAAGCGCAUCAUUAUUGUUGCAGCAGAGACGAGAGAGAAAUAGAGGUGAGACAGUGAAAUGCCAUUGUGGUUUUUUUUUGUAAAUAGGGAGAAGAAGGAACGAUGUAAAUGCAAUUUUCUUUAGGGAUAGUGUGUGAUAUUCAACAUUUACGAAGAUUCCAUCAAUUCUUUCAUGCAUCAAAAGUUCUUUCAUCUUUGUUCUGCCCCCUCAAUCUGACAAAACAUGUUGGUUUGAAUGUCAAUUUUUUGUUACCAUUCACACAUUCAAGUUUUCAACAGUUCAAAAAAAGAAGAAGAAGUUAUUGAGCCAUUGUUUCUUCUGGUUUUUGAGAUGAUUGUUUUGUGCUGC